AUGCAGUUGUACGGUAUCCAAUCGAUGCUCAAGGAAGGCUACAGACACCAAGCCGUCAUCAAAAACAUCAAAGCUUGCAAGGAGCUCUCCACCAUCACCCGCACUUCUCUCGGCCCCAAUGAUAAGCUCUUUGUAACCAACGACGCUGCGACCAUUGUGAAUGAGCUCGAGAUUCAGCACCCUGCUGCGAAGAUUCUUGUUUUAGCAGCCAAGGCGCUGCAGGAAGAGAUCGGAGAUGGAGCUACCCUCACCAUCUCUUUUGCGGGAGAGCUUUUACAGAAUACGGACUGCGGAGGAGCUUAUCAGGAUGGGGUUGUUGAGGUACUUGAAGAAUUGGUUGAGAGUGGUUCUGAGAGGAUGGAUGUGCAUAGCAAAGAUGAAGUUGUUUCUAGAAUGAGAGCUGCUGUUGCUAGCAAGCAGUUUGGUCAAGAGGAGAUUAUUUGUUCCUUAGUAGCUGAUGCAUGUAUUCAAGUAUGCCCAAAGAAUCCAACCAAUUUUAAUGUGGGUAACGUCCGUGUUGCCAAGCUUCUUGCAGGAGGAUUGCACAACUCUUGCAUUGUCCGUGGCAUGGUCUUGGAAAGCGAUGCUGUUGGGAGCAUAAAGCGAAUGGAAAAGGAUGAGGAGGAGAAGGACGAGGUAGGAAGAGAUCGGAGGAGGAGAAAGGAGGAGGAGGAGAAAGAAGAGAACGGGCGGAGGAAGACGAAGAAAGAAGGAGAACAAGGAUUGAAGGGUGUUGCCAUGAAUAAUGGAGGAGAAAAACUACUACGACAAGUGGAAGAAGAGAAGAAGAUAUAUUGGGAAGAGGUAAGGAGAUUACGGGUGGCAAUGGUGGAAAAGGAGAAGAUGGUGGUGGUGAUGAAACAACUGAACGUGACGAUGUUACAUGUGGGAUCUUUUGUAGUAACUGAUGGUGAUGGAAGAGGAGGAGGAGGAUAA